UUGCCUGUAGGAGGACAUGGUGGCUUCUGUUGUGCUGUGAGGUGCGGAGACGCUGGUACGGAUGGAGCCCGGACGAUGCGUUUUUAUACCCUCCUUCCUGCUGGAGGCGGAACAGCCCGACAGGGCAGCAUCCACCUCCGAAGCCUCCACCUCUCCUCCUGAACAAGUCAGCACCUGCUCUGUUACGUGCGACAAAAGCCAUUUCUUGGAUCUGUGAGGGAGUGACGCGACAUCCAGGGGAACCGGCUGGGUGGCAUUCUCCUGUUUACAGUGACAGCAGAUAUCAUCGGUCCCAGACGUUCACAUCAGAGCUGCCUGCAACGCCCCGAGACUGGCUGAGUCCAAAACACCACCGUCAUCGCUGCCUUCUUGCCAAGACGAGGCUACCUUCCCCAAAAGGCAUGGAAGUGAUGACACUUGUGUUGCUGCCUGUUUGAAAGCAGCCCAGUAAUCCUGGAUCAGAGAGUACAAAGGGCCCCAGAGUGCUGGUGAUGUAAGCACUGUGUCCACCGCUUUCCCCACUGCUCUGCCCUCUCCCACAUGCUGGGGGUGGGUGGGUGAGGCGGAGGAACAUCCCCUGACCCUGGAGACCACAGAGCGACGCGCUAACCUCUGCUCUACCUCAGGCUGCUGAUGAAGCUGGGAGUCGGUGUGGAGGUAUGCGGCUGAGCUGUGGGCGGCGGUGGAUCGGCUCGGUGUGACUUACUACAUUUGCUGUGCCUCACUUUUGUUAGGCCACGUUGCCUCAGGUCUCCAUGGAUUUGCUGCAGGACUCCAGUCAAACAAUGUGGGGUCUGAAUGCCCGGCUGAAGGGCUUCUUGGAGCAGGUGAACCGGCUGCAGGAGGCCAAUCUGCAGCUGGAGGCUCAGAUCGCCGAAUGGAGCGUCAGGAGCAGCUCGCAUUCGCAGGACUGGACUCAGCAGGAGCAGACUGUCAUGGAACUCCGGGACCAGGUCGGUAAACUCCUGAUGGAGAACGCCCAGCUGGCUCUACAGUCUGACAGCAUGAAGUCCAGAGCUGCUGCCAUCCAGGCCAGGUGUGAGACUGAGGAGAAGACCACCCGGCGUCUGGAGCAACAAGUGGCUCUGCUCAGAGAGUCAAAGAGGAAAGCAGAUUGCAGCACUGCAACGCUGCAGGCCGACUUCCAUCGCUCCAUGACUGAGCUGCAACAGAUGAACCAGGAGUUUGAGGCAGCCCGGGCUCUGCAGCUGCAGCGGGCCGGUUCCUGCGAUGCUCUGUUAGCGACGGCAGCAGCACCAGCAGCAGGAGGAAGAGGGGAGGAGGAGGAUGGCACAGGGAUGGAGCUCACCCAGCUCCUCGACCGAAUCAGAGCGCAGUGCGACCAGAGCAGACUUCCGGGCCCCGGAGAGAGGCACCUCGGCCUGGGCGCCGUCUCAAAUCCACCCCCCGGCUUGGUUGGGCCUGGCCGAGCCGGAGCCGGAACCGGAGCAGCAUCCAGAACACACAGAGGAGCUCUCAGCGAGGAGGAGGCAGCAUGGGCGCAGGUGAGCCUCGGUGGUGCUGCCCUCAGGGAGGCUCGGGCUGAACUCACUGAGGCCAGGAAGCAGUGGCACUCCCUGCAGGUGGAGAUCGAGACCCUACAUGCCUUGGAGAAAGGCCUGGAGAACUCCCUGCAGAACACCCAGCGGCUGUACUCCAGCCAGCUGCAGGACCUUUCCCAGGUGAUUGCCGGACUGGAGGGUGAGCUGGAGCAGGUGAGGAGCGGUUUGGCCACCCAGCGUCAGCGCCACAGCCAGCUGCUCAACACCAAGAUGAGGCUGGAGCGCGAGAUCGCCACCUACCGACGGCUGCUGGAGCGCGAAGAGGGCAGGUACAUGGGUCGCAAUGGGCAGCCGCUGAGUCUGAGGCCCUGGAGGUCCUCGGUGGUGGAACCAAAAGAGAACGGGCUGGAGAACGGCUUCAGCGACCCGGCCGUGACUCCGGAUGAGCCCAAGUCAGAGCCGCUGCCUGAAAUCCCUCCACUGUUACCUGCAGAAAACGGCCUCCAGAAAAGCAUCCUGUACCGACAGCAAAGCCUCGUGAUACUCACAGAGCCAGAGCUGGAUAAGGAGCUGCCGAUCUCCACUGUGAAGACUCAGGAGAUUCUUCAGGGCAACGUGGUGCGAGAGAGCGCUGAGGGUCACGGCACCAUCGAGACAGAGAAGAUCGACAAGGUGAUAAAGCAGUGGGAGGGCUCCUUCUUCAGAGGGAAUCCUAAGCUGAGGAAGAAGUCGGUGUCGCUGCGCUUCGACCUGCACAUGGCGGCGGCAGAUGAAGGUUGCGCCCAGACGAAGCAGGACAGCCUCCCCGACGUGGAGGUACGUCUCAUCAUGAAGAGAUCUCGCAGCAUCCCCACCAUCACACCGUAAACUCAGAGUCAACCCCAGUUUGUUGGUGGUAGUAAGAAGACGCGGAAACAGCAUCUGCUGAUAUUAACAUCCUCUAAUCGCAGCUUUCACUGAACUUUGCAUCACAGCUUCUCGUCACACUUGGGCAGGAUGAGCUUCAGGCUUUUUCGUGGUGGCCGUUUUUAUAGAGAGACUCGCAUUCAUCGCAACACAGAGGAUAAUAAUUUAAUAUGUAUUUCUGCGUCACCAUUCUAGAUGAAGUAAAAGUGUCUCUUAACACCGUCAAGAGAUUAUUAUUAUUAUUGUCAUCAGUAAUGACUCUGCUUAACUACAGCGUUUAAUCCUGGUUGAAACGUGGUGCUGGAGACAAAGAUGGAGGUUAAAAGGCAGAUACAUGGCACUAAAAGCUGCUGUGAAAACUUGAAGGGUGGAUUUUUAUUUUUUUAUUUUUUGGUAGAUUUUCUUUAAGGGACUGUAUGAAAAUUAUUAGGAUUUAAUUUGCCCAAAUGAUCGAUGCAGUUCAUUCUGCAUCUCAUCAGAAAGCAGAGCUAAAAUGUAUCAAAAAAUUGCUAAAAUGACUGAAUUAUUAAUUUAGCAUCUGAUUUUAACAUUUAAGAUGGCAGUCUUGAGGAUUUUUAUUUAAAUAGAUGUCUGUUAAAUCUCUCUCUAUGGUGAUUGAAGCUCUGAGCCGCUAAUGAAGUUAUUUCAAAGUCCUUCCAUUUACAGUUUUACAAACAGGGUGCCGUUGACCACAUUCUCGUGCCAAAUCACAUCUUUCUGUCAGAGAGUAUAGAUAGACUUAUUGAAUUUGUCUGCUAAAGUGUUUUUCAGGUGUAUGCAAUGACAAUAGCUGUUACGCUAAGCUAAAAACACCAGCAGAGUGACAAGGCAAUGGACAUUUUUCCCAUGCCGCAUGUUUGACGUGUUUUCCAGUCGCUAACAGGUAAAAACUGUGGAGUAGGUUGUCAGGGUUGCUUUAUAUACUAUUGGUUCUGCCCCUCCUCUAUUGUGAUUGGACUGCUGGGAGAAAUAAACAGCGAUAAGUGCGUUCUACCCAAAGUUGGACAUUUUUCAGCUAUUGUGACCGAAACAGACCUGUUGAACUUUGGAUAAAAUGCUGCGCUUGUUGUUGUUGAUUUUUGUCAACUCACCAGAUGUAGAGCCAGCAAUUGGUCGCUUAGCAACCUACCACACUGAACAGUUUAUGUUUGUACAGGAUUUGGGUUUGCAGAAAGGCAGGUUUCCGUUUUUUUGGUGAAUUAUCUAUUUUAUUCCCCUGUCGUUAUUUGUAGGAGCACCACUGCUGCAUCCUGGGCUUACCUCUGCCCAUUAUUAUUGUGAUUAAUUUAAACAAAUACAAACAAGCCGCAGAGUUUUCCCCUUAUACAGAAUGAUAAGGGAGUGCAGAUGCUACUUUACCCAGCCAUCACUUUCUAGUUGUACAAAAGCUGAAAAUCAACCAAACCAAAGUGUAGGAGAAGCUAUUACUGCAGCUCUAUCCAUGUUUGUACCAGAUGACAUCUCUGGAGUGCUGUAAUUUUAAAAUGAAAACUAAGCUUUAGGGAACAUUUCAUUCACUAUGGAUCGCCCAAGCAAACAGCAGUCAGCCAUUUAAUCAGUAUGUGCAGUUACUGCUGCAGUUAUCCUGCAUGAGGAGAUCCAAAGCAUCUCUGGUGAAAAAAUAGUUUAAAUAUUUGGUGUCUUUGAAGAAAAAUCUUACAUUAUCAGCUAUAAAAAAGCACUUAGGUUGGACACACAAUGUUUAGCUUAACAGUAUGCAAGGCAGCAAACUUUUCUGGCCUUUCCGACCCACCAUGAAGUUCCAUUGAGAGCACUGACAGAUAAUUUCACUUUACAGACUGCGAUGGUCAAAGUUUAAGGUGCAACAUUAUGACAACAUAAUUGUCUGGAAACUGCAUGAAACAGCAUGUACUUUGUGAAGGCAGCUGCAGUAUAUACUGAAAGCAAAAUGAAAAUGUGUGUGAUAAAGAAUACUGCGGUUGUUUGGCAAAUUAGGUUAAAAAAAAGACACCUGCAGUUACAGUUUAUCACCAUCGAUGGCGACAAAGCUUUCCACUUUAUAGAGCUAAUAUUUGCACAUUGAGAGGUUUAUGAUUUUGAUUUUGGGGUCCGCUAGAAUAUAUUUACAUGUUUUAAUGCCUGAAAGACAUUGUUUUGCUCCAAUUUUAGCUCCUGUCUCUUUAAGUCCCACCUCCUGCAAAGCCCAGUCCGCUCUGAUUGGUUACUAAAAGCGAGGCAGAGCUGUUUAUGAACCAUUAUCACAGAUUUAUGAGUGAAGGCAAGGAGGCGUAGCUCUAACAGAAGCAGCUCUAGUGAGGAAAUAAUGGGAAGAAACUGCUGAUUCUCUGUUUAAACCACAUUAGCUGCUAGCAGGAGUUAUGCAAAAGUGUUUCAAGGUGAUGUAGAUAAAAGAAAUAUGAAGUUUCAAGGAAGUAAGAAGCAGAAUUUUCUGUGGGAGAGAAUAACUCUGGCUUUGUAAGUUUGCAGACCUUUAACAUGUACAAAAAAGUAGCUAUUUAACAUUGAAGGAAAGAAGGAACCCAAAAAAAAAGCAUAAUAUGGGAUCUUGAAGUUAGAGUACUCUAUAUUGUUUGUGCACUUUUAUUUAUUAGAAUGAAAUGAAUGCAGCUAUAUUACAUGAAGUAUUUUAGGGAGGCUGUAAAAACAUGUUAAAACCUCCUUCGACAUCCCAGUAAUUUUCCUACAGUCCCUAAACGCUUUGCACUGCAGACUCAUACAGCACCUAGAAAAAUAUCAGCACUGACAGACAUCCAGAGUUCUUUAAAAGUCUUUUGUCAUUGCAUUAAAUUCUCUCUGUGGAGAAAACAAAAGAAAUAUUUAAAUCUUAUAAUGUAGGCUACACUGUACGAUGCUCACUGUGAUCCUAAUAUCAGCAGUGAGGCUUUUAACUCUCACCGUGUGUCUCAGAGAACUUCCAUUCCCCAUCUGGACCAGAGGAGGGCAGCAUUUGUAAAUUGUUUAACACUGCAGUGUUCCUGCGACGCUCCACUCGGGUUGUGUAACAGAUUCUACCUGUUACACCUCGGUCUGAGAGUUUUUAUGCUGAGUUUUGAGUUGGCACCAAAGAAAUGGAGAGCGGACCGCUGAGCGUUGCAUUUGGGUCCCUCAGAAUAUUUAAAUCUAUUAUCUAUGCAGUUCUGUGCUUGUUUUUCGCUUUGCUUCAGAAAGCACACUCUUCAUUUUGAGAGCUCUGUAACUUCAGAAUGAAGCAUUACGCGUUUAUCUAAAAGUUUAUCAUUUCAAAUAAAAAAUCUGAAUUAUG